AUGGAGGGUGGUGGAGGUGUUCAUGUGGCAGUAAGUUAUAGGUACUCGAGUGCCAAGAGGAGACAAAGUGAAGCAUCCUCCCAAAAAACGGCGGAAACGGAGGUCAAAUCCCAGACCUGCCCAGUGUCCCCCAACUCAACGCAGAUGCUUCAGCGUCGCCCAAUCAAAACGGCACUACACCAAGCCGUCAUAGACUGCCGUCUACAUCAGGUACGCCUUCUGGUAUCAAAACAUGGCGUCAACGUUGACAGCAAGGACUUAAAUGGUAGAACACCGAUGAUGUUGGCCUGCAUCAUAGAGGAGGAGUUCGGGUAUCGAAUGGCGAAAAUCUUGCUGAAAGCUGGAGCAUUUCUGAACCUUCGCGACAAUCUUGGAAGGACAGCUCUCAGUUAUGCAUGCAUGAACGGACGGGAGGAUAUUGUGCGAAUGAUAAUUCGGGAAGACGUACUGGACAUAAAUGAGGCUGAUAACGAUGGUAAUACACCUCUACAUCACGGAGCAUCUAGCGGUAAUCCAAACAUCGUUACGCAGCUAGUGGACUGUUUUGUAAGGUUUGGUUUAGACGUGGACACGAGGAACAGCAUGGGGUAUACUGCAUUGCUACUAGCCUGCAAAAAUGGACAUUUUGUGUCUGCACACGUGCUCAUCAAGAAAGGGGGCGCGAACCCGAGUCUCCGUGAUAACGAAGUAUUUUUGAAUGCAUCUGAUUGGUCACACAGAAGUCAUGAUAUCCAAAGUAGAUUUGCUACACGGCGCGCUGCACCAAUGACCCCUGCGCCCUUGACAUUCUCAUUCUCGCGAGAAUCAACCAUGUAUCAGCGGACAACGACGCCGUCUUGUCAUCAUGUGAAAGGGCACCCAGAUUUAUUCGCGACCUGGUCCGACAAUGGCUUACGACUUCCGGCAAUGUUUUCUCCGAACGCACCGGCAUUGGAGAGGAGUGAGACUUUCAUUGACGGUAAAGACGCACGUCAAAUUGUUCUUAAUGAGAUUGACGAUUAUGAAACACAAAAUCGACCAUCAUCAUUCAAGCGCUCCCGUGUAAGAAACCAUCCGCCAACGGCUAAACUACUGGCGCUUUCUCGCCGAAGCAAGACCACCGUCAUACCGGACAUGACUACCAUAUUUAGGAUUUAUUCAGACCAGUACCAGCCUGACUGGAGAAAGAGGUCAUCAAUCUCUAGAAACAGUAACUCUCAAUUUUCUAUAUGCAGUUCUCGUUCAAACUCAGAAUUACCAGUGGAAGCUAAUUAA